AUGGCCGCUUCCUUCUUCGUGCUCAUGGUGACCUUCGGCCAGGCAGAGCUCAACAUCUUAGGAUCUUGGGAAGACUCCAGCGGCCAUACAUGGAGCGGCUUAGCAGCGGCAGGGGACUUUGCCUAUGUCGCUUCGCAGUCCGGUCUGUUCAAGGUAGUCAACAUUGCCGACCCAAGCAGCCCCACGAUCGCCGGCUCCGUCCAUGAACCCUAUCACCUUAGCGUCGCCACGGAUAUCAAGAUCGCAGGCAAAUAUGCUUACGUGGCCGCCUUUCGAAUGGCGGUGGUCGACAUUACCAACGCAAGCAACCCCACCAGGGUAGACGCCACCGUCAAUGGCACUAUGCCUCCGAGCGAUGCUCUGGCUGUCGUCGGGAACCUUGCCUAUGUUGCUUCGGGGGGCACGUUUAGUACGCCUGGCACAAUGGCCGUGGUCGAUAUCACCACCCCGAGCAACUUCGUAGUCCUAGGAAGCAUCCAGGACGAACAACUCGACGAAAGCCUGAACAUUGAGGUGGUCGGGAACUUUGCUUUUUUGUGCACGUACAGGGCCCGCUUCGUUUCGGUUGACAUCACUGACCCUAGCAACAUCACCAUCGCAUACAGCUUUGUGGAUUUCGCCAUGUUUGGGGCCAAGUACAUGGCGAUCGCUGGCCAGCAGGCCUUUGUGCUCUCCGAGUUGAUGAACGGCCUCUUCGUGGUCGACAUCAGCAACCCGCUCAGCACAUCUGUCCUUGGCAAUCUCCAGGUUGCGAACAGGCCAACCGGCAUCGCUAUUGAUGGCAACUACGCUUAUGUUGGCGUGAGCGGCGGCGGCAUCAUCGCAGUGCAGGUCAUCAACAUCAGUGAUCCAAGCAACCUCAGUGCUGUGGACGACCUCUCCUUGGGCACAGUGGUGGAUGACAUCAAUGGCAUUGCCUUUGUUGGAGAGCAUCUUUGCGUGACUUCACGCGAGCAAGUAGGUGCUGUGCAGACGCUGGAAAGCGGUGAUGAGCAGACACUGACGGCAGCCCCUCCAUAUCCCGAAGGAGGCCUUGCCAGGCUCGUCCCGCGGACGGCUUUAAGCAUGAGUGCAUGGGACAAUUCAGAAGAGCUGCAGAGGCCAGUUCCUGACGAAAUCGGCUUCUCUCUUCAGGGGGACCACGAUGAAGCAGACACGGCCGAAGACAUGCAAGCGCAGGCUGCGCACGUGGCCGAGUUUGUGGCGCAAAUGGAACUCGCCAGCCCAGAGAUUCUGAGGGUGACGCCCGCCUUUCGAGCCUUCCAGCACGGCUUUCAAGCUUUGCGUGGCGCAAAAGGUAUCGACCUUUACUCAAAGAGUCGGCGGAGCCACAAGAUAGCAGCCUUCUGGAGCCAUUCAUGGCAUGGGGCGUGCUGGAAGAAGAUUUUGACGCUCGUCACCAUCUACAACGGCCAAGCGGCAAUCACGUUGGGCAUGUUCGUUGCUGUUGUGAUGAUGGUUUUGUUCUGUUUCCUGGACCUCCCUGGUUUCGACCGGCAUGAUGGACACUACCGCAAAGAACACUGGUCGGUGUGGUCCACGUGGUCUGGUUUCUUGGCCACUUCUCUGGUAGCGAUCUUUUGGCGGCCUCAGACUCAUGUCUUCCUGGACCGUAUCUGCAUCAGUCAAAGCAAUGCAGAACUAAAGCUGAAAGGUAUAGUCAGUCUGGCCGGGCUUCUGCGAAGGUCGGAGUCGAUGCUCGUUCUCUGGGAUCCAACGUGGACCACGAGGUUGUGGUGCUUGUUCGAAUUGGCGGCCUUCUUGAAAAGCAGCGAGCAUGAGGGUGAGAAGCGAAAGCUGAUCAUCGCGCCAACCCUUCUGGGGCCAGUUCGCAGUGGAAUCUUCCUGACUGCGACCGCUGGCGUGCUUGCUUUCAUAAUGUCGCCUGCGGUGCGGGCCUCCCCUUCGACUCCGCAGUAUUAUUUCCUCAACACAACUUUUGUCACCCUGGUCGUUCUCCUUGUGGUCGACUACGCGCUUGUCAGCACUUUGAGAAGCUAUUUUCGAGAUUUGGACACUAUGAGGCGACAACUUCUCUCCGUCUCCUUCGAUACAGCUCUUUGUGCGUGCUGCACCCACAACCACGUCACGCCAUCCGGUGCCCCUAGCAUGUGCGACCGAAAAAUUUUGAAGGAUUGUCUGGGCAUCUGGUUCGGCAGCUCGGAAUCGUUUGAGCGCACGCUGCGCUCAGAAGUUCUGGAGAUUUUGGAACAGGACCUUGAGCAAGUUUUGACCACACGGUCAACAAUCGCAAUAUUUGCGCCAAUGAUGUGGGGCUUCAUGGACUAUUCCGCUACCUUCUCACGGGUUGAAGGACCCUUCUGGAGUCACAGCUCCCCGGCUGUAUUCGCUGCUGGUUUGGUGGUUUGGCUCGUGGGCAUGCCAACGUUGAAGGAUUGGGUCCUGCUUGUUUGCAAGCUCGCACGGGCAAGGCCAAGCAAUCGGUGGUUGGAGGGCAUGAAGAACACACUGAUUGUAUGUAUGUCUCUGAUUCCACUCAUAAGCAUUGGGCUCAUAUUCUUGUUUGCAUAUGGUCUUCCCCUGCUCCCGCCGGGACAUUCGGGAGUGGCCAUGGCCGGUACGCUGAUCCAUGCCGUGUUAUUUCAGCGCCUCGGAGUUGUCCUAAGAUCUCUCCUUGGGGCGAAGCCAUAG